UGUCACCUUUUACGUCGCUAAUUGGUUCCCUUUCUUUUUAUUCCUUCUCUGAUGUUUUAGUAAGUAAACUCUUGUUCGUUUAGUUUUUUUUGGGUAACAAAAUCCAUAUGAACUUGGAGCAAAGCGAAGCAGGAAAACAAAGAAACCCAGUAAAAAGUCUUUUGGGUUCUAGGACCAAGGAAUUUAUAAGCUUGAGUAAAAGGCGGUGGUGAGUAGAAAGGAAAGUGAAAUGAUAGGUGAAGAAAAGGUGCGAAGUGAAGACUUGAACUUGUGCUUUGAGAAGCUGAUGAUGGUUGCUGCUGGAAAUAGUGGUGAAGGAGUUAAGAGGAAGGGUGCGGUGAUCACUGAGUGGAAAGAUAUUCCUAUGGAGCUGUUGUUGAGAAUUGUUUCCCUUGUCGAUGAUCGAACUGCUAUUGUUGCUUCUGGUGUUUGUAGUGGGUGGAGGGAUGCUAUUUGCUUGGGCCUUACCCAUCUCUGUCUCUCAUGGUGCUGUAAGAACAUGAACAACUUGGUUCUAUCCCUUGCUCCUAAAUUUACCAAAUUGCUAACUCUCGUACUACGCCAAGAAAAUCCGCAGCUUGAGGACACUGCUGUUGAGACUAUUGCGAAAUUCUGUCAUGAUCUGCAGGAUCUGGACCUCAGCAAAAGUUUCAAGCUUGGUGAUCGCUCAUUGUAUGCUUUGGCCCAUGGUUGCCCUAAUCUUACAAAACUUAACAUCAGUGGCUGCACAUCAUUCAGUGAUGAAGGUCUUGAAUAUUUGACUAAAUUUUGUCGAAAACUAAAAAUAUUAAAUCUCUGUGGAUGCGUUAAAGCUGCAACUGACUGCGCAUUGCAGGCUAUUGGACAGAACUGCAAUAUGUUGCACUCUUUAAAUCUGGGAUGGUGUGACAACGUUGGUGAUCUAGGAGUUACGAGUCUAGCAUAUGGAUGCCCUGAUCUCAGAUGCCUUGACUUGUGUGGCUGUGUCCGCAUAACAGAUGAUAGCGUGAUUGCUUUGGCAAAUGGAUGUCUCCAUUUGAGGUCGCUUGGUCUGUACUAUUGCCGGAAUAUCACAGACACGGCAAUGUACUCACUGGCUCACAGCCGAGUGAAGAACAAGGCUUCAAUCUGGCAGUCCAUGAAGGGUAGAUAUGAUGAGGAAGGUCUUAGAAGUCUGAAUAUAAGCCAGUGUACUGCACUAACUCCUUCAGCUGUUCAGGCAUUAUGUGAUACGUUCCCUGCUCUUCACACCUGCUCUGGAAGGCAUUCCCUCGUCAUGAGUGGCUGCUUGAACUUAACGUCCGUGCAUUGCGCUUGUGCAGUCCAAUCACACCGCACACUAAACAGUAUUCUCCAUACAGCUCAUUGAAAGGGGAUGUUAAAUCUAAUAUUGAUAUUGUAAGUAAAUGUACUACAAGGUCUUAGAAAUCUUCAGGCUUGUAAUCUGGUCUGUUGAGUUGUGAAUUAUGCAGUGUUUCUCUUUCGGAAGCUAAACUUUGCCGUUUUCA